AUGAAAUAUUGUUCCAACGGAGUGUGUCCAGGCCAGUGGCGUUGGUCAACCUGGACUGACUGCUCAGUUACAUGUGGAGGUGGUCGGCAAAGACGAACAGGCACUUGUAUUUUACCUAGCACAGGACAGAAACUACAACGAGAGCGGUGUGUUGGGAAUGAUUAUGAAAUAAAAAAUUGUUCCAAUGAAGUGUGUCCAGGCCAGUGGCGUUGGUCUCCUUGGACUGAUUGCUCAGUCACAUGUGGAGCUGGUCGGCAAAGACGAACAGGAACCUGUAUUUUACCCAGUACAGGACAGAAACUACAACGAGAGCGGUGUGUUGGGAAUGAUUAUCAAAUAAGAAAUUGUUCCAAUGGAGUGUGUCCAGGCCAGUGGCGUUGGUCUCCCUGGACUGACUGCUCAGUCACAUGUGGAGGUGGUCGGCAAAGACGAACAGGAACCUGUAUUUUACCCAGUACAGGACAGAAACUACAACGAGAACGGUGUGUUGGGAACCAUCAUCAAACAAGAAAGUGUGUUAAUGGAGAAUGUCCAGGUACAGAAAUUUUACCGAUAAAGAAGAUUAUAAUUAGUAAAACCAGAGAAAAUAUGCUCGAAACAAUUAGUGGUUACAAGUUUUUUUCUAGAUAGACUCGAAAAAACUAGUGAUAACAAGUUCUUCGUCUUGUAAAUUUAGUGUUUUGUUUACACGAAGUCUUUUAACUGUUUUUGUUUCUCUAAUUUUUUUUUUUACUGACCAACGUCACCUUCACAGACUGGAUGGUGUCCAUUGAUACUGGUGAGUAGCAUUUAUCAUUUUUUAUUCAUUUUAUUAAAACGCCGGAAAUGUGACGUGUGACCAAAGUAGCCACUUAUCCAGGUCAACCUCGUAUUAUUGACAUUCUAACACCAUUUGUUGCCAAGAGAACGAGGAAUGAGAGUGAGAAACUAUUAUCAUUAUGACCAACAAGACCACGAAUGGCUUGGAAGAAAUUUUCAUUGAUUUUAGUUUAUUUCUGUAAAUAUUUAACUGAAUAUCACUCAUUUUCCCUCUACCAAUGCAGCAUAAAUCAAGUACCUUUAAGCAUGUAGUCUGUGACAUAAGAAGUUUUCUUUUCUUCUUAGAUGGUAAAUGGAGUCGCUGGUCAUCGUGGACUGAUUGCUCGCGUUCUUGUGGAAAGGGUCGACAGAGUCGAACUCGUGUGUGUACAAACAAAGCCACUGGAAAGCUUCUAAAAAACGGCUGGUGUGCCGGGAAACCUCGACAGGAAGACAUAUGCGCGGACUGGAAGUGCCCAGGUAUGAGAUUCCUUGAUCAAUUUUUUUCAGCCAGCUAAGUCAUUUAUUUCAAAGUCUAGAAGUUCUUGCCUGUUUUUUCGUGAAUAGGUAUAAAAUCGGUUGUUAGCUUUACACCAAAACCAUUUUAACUCUGGACGUAUUUAAAGGUCAUCAUUCAGUCAUCCUUGCAUUUUUAAUACAUUCACUUUUAAUUGAUUUCAUACUUUUUGAAAUGUUGUUCGCCGGCCCAGUCGCAAGCUUUACAAAUAAUUGAUUCUACAGAAUUACCACAUUUUUCCAAUUGCGUUACUUACAGGCCUAAGGGACCACUAUGAAUAGCUAGUUCCCUUUGAUAGAAAAUAGUUAAAAAUAACUGCGAAAAUAUUGAAUAUUGCAGAUAAAAGGAAAAGAAAGUGUCCACUAGAUAGAGAAGGUACUCUAAAGGGACGAGUAUUAACAAAACGUGACGCACCUCUGGCUGGAGCUAAUGUAUCGCUUGCCGAGUCUCCAUAUAAGAUAUUGAGUCGUACUCAAGAAAAUGGCUUCUUCGAAGUCAAUGCAUUCUGCUUCGACAAAGAAAAAGUCAUUUUGAUUAUCAAGCGUGGAUACGUCCCCCAGACUUUUCGCAUAACGGACUCGAAAUCCACCUUUAAAUUCAAGAUGGAAAACGCAGGUAAUUCUUUUGUUAUUCAAAGGAGAUUCACGUUGCUGAAAUAUCUAUGGUUUUCUUAUGGUCAUAAUGAUUGAAUAUUGGCUUGACAGAAAUAAAAAGACAAUUAAGGAACACCUUAAGCAGUAAAUUUGCAACAGAAGAUCUAAGCUCUUGGGCAGUUAUUUUGAUUGAUAACUUAAAAUAGGGCCGUUAAGCCAAGGUUCCACUUCGGCCUUGCAAACAAUAUCUUUGAAAUUUUAUUUACUUGCUUGAACGAAACGCUAGAUUGAGUGUAUAUAAAUUGCUUCAUUUGUGCCGAGAAGGAAAUCCAGCGUAUUAUUUUCUCCUCAUGUUGUUAAUCUUGGCGUACUUUAUCAAUCAGUUCACCCGACAGUAACAGCUCACCCAGAAGACAGAAGACGUUUUGCUGGACAAGAUGUCAUAUUUUGUUGCCAGGUGGAAGGAAAUCCACCUCCAGUCAUAGAAUGGUAAGCACUGCACUCGCAAGAACGCGGUUUGUGGUUAAGAAAUUUGCAAAUGGUAACCACAAGGAUGCAACGCCGGGUCACUUCUUAAGAAAUUUUCUCUUUUGUCGUUAGCUGUGAUUUUAGGUCUUUUGGGACAUUAAGAGGUCCCCUAUGUGCGCGUCAACAGACAUCACACCUGGCCUCUACUUGGAGAAUAUUUCGCUUUUGAAACAUCAAAUAGUUUGCAUCUUUGAUAAAUUUUCCUUCUCACAAAUUAGAGCUACAUGUAGUUGAACUAACUGAAAUCCGCCCAAAGCCUAUGCCGUUAAGUAGGUGACAUACCAAUUGACUGAUUUAAGACGCGAGUUUCCUUUGGAAAUGACAAAACAGUACAGGAGGUUUUACGAAACAGUUAAAAAUUGAUUUAUUCGGUAUAGACGAUUUAUUUAUUUUUAUUGGAUUCGUAGGUUUCGAAAUGAAAACAUCUUAGACUCAGACGAAUUUAGUAAUAAAGAAACGUUACUGUUGCGAAAGGUGGAAAAGAACAUGGCUGGAAAUUUUAGAUGCCGUGCAGUAAAUCAAUUCGGCGCAGAAUUUUCUGAGUCUGCGACAUUAACUGUUCUCGGUAAGUGUGCUUUACAUUUGGAUUAUUGUUAUUACUGAUGUUAGCUUUGUCGAGUUCGCUCCAGGCGCUGCUUGUAUCUCUCUCUCUCUCUUUUUUUGCUCAAUAAGACGUUUCUACAGGAUCUAAGCGCCACUCAGAUUUCGACCGAGUUAUCACUUCCUAAAAACGGUUAAUGUUACUUAGUAUGUGCAAGUGAAGUUCCCUAAACAAGUUAACUAACACUCUUCAAAACUGAAGUUAUCAUACUCAGAAAAAAAUAAAUUUGUCCAACACAACCGACUCAGUUUUGACACUAGCUUAAUGGGAAUUUUGUGGAGCCACUUCUUCUUAAGGAUUCAACUUGAUAACAACUUUCUUGGCAUGCACAACUUCAGUAAUCUGUCUAUUCGCAGUCGUCUAUACACCACUUCAUGGGUUCAUUUGGAACCAACAUAAUGACCAGCUCCCAGUUGGCUUGUUAGCUCAGUUGGUAGAGCACUGCACCGCUAUCGCAGAGGUUAUGGGUUUACAUCCUGUACAGGCCUGAAUUUUUUUUAGGCCUUAUUUUUACUACUGCUCAAGUAGUGUUCAUUACUACGAAGAUCGCUUUCAUAUUCACAACGAUGUGCCGUUUGUUGGAAUCUAAUUUAAAGGUCAUUUCCAAUUCAGUUCUUAGGGUCAUUUUCAUUGAUUGUUUUUACAUUAGACCCAGUUUUGAACUCAUGCAACUCUACACCAUCUGAUCAUUACAUAAACCUUCCCGAUGGAUGUACAGAUCUCACAGGUAAAAGCAAGGUAAACAUCGGAAAGUGCGAUAAUAGCCCUUGUAUACGGGCUGAUGUGGCCCCCAAACAGUCCUGUGAGGAAGAAGAGCGCUGUUGCCAGGCUGGAGCUGUGAGUGAAACCACUGUUCGCUGUGGUCAAGGAGAGUUUACAGUAAAGCGCAUUGCGAGCUGCAGAUGUGACAUUUGCAAAGAGGGAGAUACCAUUGUGAAAGGUAUUGCGCAAGUUUCAGCAUCUUUAUAGUCCAUCUCACAAAACCAUAAACUACGCGUGCCAGAGAGGUCAUUUGGAGUUUCUGAAAGUAAUCCUUUCUUUUAAAAGGUCCUAACACAUAUUUUACUGCUUUCAAGACUCAAUCUAUAUAGCAAAAAGAAUUAUAGUGAUCAAGCUGCAACCGAGUUGCCUCAAUGUUUUGACAUGCAUAUCACACUGACAACCAAAAUGUGUCUCUUCAAAUCUAGACACGAUGACCUAGAAAAACCUGUCGAAUUUUCACUGUACCGUCGAAAAAUUGGAGGAGGUGUAGAUCACACGACAUGGCUCCAUCAACUGUGAAAAAAAUCCAUAUUAACGACCAUUCUGGGCAAAAACAAGCACGCUGGUAAAAGGAGGGGUGUUUACUGGAAGGAGGGCUCUUGAUCCUGAGUUAGAACGGAAAAAUAUUCUGUGGUGAUGCGAAAACCGGAAGUGACUGGACGGAAAAUAAGCAAUUAUCCUGUACUGAUUUCGUUGGUUUUAGUUUGAUAUAUUUUUGAAUAGCAUAUACCAAACAGUAGUUAACAUUGAAGGCCCGUUCUAAUUGGCAACAAAAACUCCGAAGAGCCUUUGCUACUCAACGAGUAAUUGUUACAAGAAUAAAGUUAAAAUCAUCCUUUUAUAAUCUCAGGGUUUUAGUAUAAGAGAAAACAACUAUUCACUUUUGUGUCGGUGGCUAACAGAGGAUAAUUGCUUCGCCGUGCCACAGCUCGGUAUAUAUCACCACUAGCCACCUCCAAUUUAUUGAAUAUUUGUUAAUUAUCAUGUACUAAAUCCAGCACUUUUCCUUCUUCCUAACGCAUGCAACACCGGCAAUAUUUCGAGAAGUGAAACGUGUUAUAAAAUACCAGUGCAGGUAGCAAAUUGACAUAAUCAUCAUUUUAUUUGAAUAUUGCAGGAGUUGUGGUAGGGGGACCAGAUGAAACACCAGUGGAAUAUUGCGACAUUCUGGUUAACGAUACAGUUGUUACCUUCUCCGACUUCGACGGAACUUUUCAACUGACUGUGAACAAGACUACAAAGCGAUUGGUGGCAACGUUUCGAGAUUACACGGAGGAGUACGAGGAAACAACAGUUACGUUACCUUUCCAAAAGGGCACAACAACAUUCCAUAAAAUUCAUCUUCGCCUAGAAGCGAAACCCAUUGAAUUUGAUCCCGAAGAAGAGAAGGUGGUACCUCUUGUGGGAGAUGCAGCGGCAGAAGUUGUUAUACCAGCCAAUAGCUUAAUUGACAAGGAUGGAAACCCCCAAAAAGGCAAAGCGAAAGUGAAAGUUCAGUUUAGCGAUCCCAGAAGUGAGCAAGACAUUCUAGAAUCACAAGGUGAUUUUACUACUGUCGACGAAGAUGGUGAAGAACAGUUACUCAGAACGUACGGCCUUUUCAAAAUCAAGGUACAGGACGAAAAUAACAACAACCUCGGCCUCACCAAGGAUCUUCAUAUUAACAUCGACAUAGAACAAAUAACUGGAGAGACCUUCAAUGAAUCUACACCCUUACCACAUCUGUGGUGGCUGGACCAGAAAACUGGUCGAUGGGUGGACGCUGGCCAACUUGAACAAAACAGCGAAAGUGCCAAGCGCAGAAAGAGAAACUUAUGGUCCAGGGCAUUUUCUGGAGCAAUAAGCCCAGAGAAUGUUCAAAAUGCUUACAAUCUCGAUUCAAGCUAUGACAGGUGUUUUGCAAAGGUUAGAGCAACUAGACGAGACGGAUCAGGAAUACCAAAUGCGAAAGUCACCAGUAUUUUCACGAAUCCUCGUGGACAAGCGAUUCAAGGGUAUUUAAUGAGGACAACUUACUCAAACGGCUACCGAUGCAUAUCAACCCAGUGCAACAGCGAUGGUUACAUGGAGGUGGAGGAAGACGGAAAGCCUUUAUUGCCUCAUGAGCACGAAGUGCGUGCUCUCCCUCCUGAAACGAGAGCUUCCAUAGUAGAUACCCGAAGAAUCAAUUUUAAUCCUGGUGCGCGACCACUCAACGGCCCCGUGUACCAAAAAGCUCAAGCUAGCUCUUGUUGGAGGGAUGGUAGUGGGCAGAGUUACUUUUCAUUUCAUAGCCAAGGUGACGCACAAGUUUUCAACCAGGGGUACGUCCCGCAGCCGCCUUUCCAACGACGAUUUGGACGUGGAUGCUAUUUAAAGAUCUUGACAUCGGGGACAACGAGUACCUUGGUAACGGCAGAAAGUUAUUCUGAAGAUGAGGGAACACUGUAUGGGACAGCCACUAAACAAACCGAGAGAGUCAACAGUAAUUUAUAUGCAGCUUGCAUAGAGCACAGAUGUCCUGAACGCGAUGCAACAUUGAUUCGUUUCACAGUGUUGACCGGAGAAUGCCGAAGAAGUCGAGUUCAAGAUAUUUUAGACGAGAAUAGAAACAGUGGUCUAGCACCAAAUGUGGCAAAGGCUUUGACUCCAACUGACGAUGAAUUGUCUGGUAAUUCUCUCGGGAUGUUCACGUGCCGACGAUGCAACUCGGCUGGUCUUAUAAGCGACUUCGAAACUGACUGCCUUAAAAAGCGAAUAGUAGACGGGAGUAGAAUAAAAUUUUUCGCAGUAAAGUUUACUUGCAACUAG